AUGGCAACUGAAAUCGAUGGUACUUCGAAAGGUUUAUUAGGAACCUUUGCCAUAUUUACACUCGGAAGCGGUUUGGUCUCAUUAAUUUAUGGAAUUUUAUUACUAAGUCGAAAUAUGAGUUUUAAUAAUAAUUUUGGCAGCAUUAAUUUAUUUAUGACAAGUAUCGUACUAAUCACUGCGGGUGGCUUAUUAAUAAUAGCGGUACUUUUGGGUGUAUUUGGUGCCCUAAAGGAUGUUUCGCCUUUACGUUUGGUAACCCUUGUAUUGUUACUUCUUUUAUUAGUAGUACUUGCGGUUAUUGGUGUUUGGGGUAUGGUUUCAUCUAAAACAGGUGACUUAGAAAAAAGUAUUGAUACGGAUAUCAAAUUAUUAAAAGAGUCAACAGAUGCUACUAAAUCAGACAUCAAGAAAAAGGCUGAAUUUUUAAAUAAAUACUUCAAUUGCUGUAUUUCAUGUCCAUCAGACGCAAACUCGGAAGGAGAACAACAAGCAAGUUCUUCUAGUAAACCAAGCGGCGAAGGAAAUACUGACAAUAAACCAGAGAUGAAAGAUGCUUGUGCUACUGCUUAUUUUCAAACAAAAUCAAAAACCAUUUUUUGUGUGGCUAUUUUAGCAUUGGCUAGUGCUGGUGCAGUAUUUCUCGCUCUUCUUAUAUAUGCUCUUAUAUUUCAACGUGCACGCGCCGGAUAUACAGCAGUUUCUCGUGGGUAG